AUGUUUGUUCACAAGUGGUGGUUGGUGAUAAUUAGCAUUGUUGCAGUUAAAGCGAGUUCAAUACAUGGUGAAUCGCUAGGACUUUACCAUCAAAACGCGAGAGCAGUUCCUCCUAGUAUAUGUUCUGGCGACCUCAGCUUCACCAAAGGCUACAGAUGCGAGGACUAUGAAGUGAUAACAAAAGAUGGGUAUAUAUUAAGAUUGUGGAGGUUUCGUGAAGGUCGGACAAAAGAGAGUCGAAGGGAAGGGACCAAACAGCCGGUCUUCCUUCAGCAUGGCGUAUUUUUGGAUUUUUGGGAUUUUUCAUACACUGAAAUGGGAAUUUAUGAUUUACCUGCUUCUUUAAAUUUAGUCUACGCAGAGACGGGACAAAAGGCUCAUUUUAUUGGUCAUUCCCAGGGAACUACGUCGAUGUUUGCUGCCUUUUCUCAAUGGAAAGUAGAAGAGAGGCUGAAAUCAGCAGUAAUGUUAGCCCCGGUUGUUUACUUGAGCCACAUGCCUUUCGGAGUUACUUAUGUUUACUGUCAUGCCUACAUUGGUGAGAUCGUUCAAUCAUUUGGAAUAUCAGAAUGCAACUUAAUGACACCACCACUAGACACCAUGCUGAGAGCUAUUUGUAGUAUUGUGCCCCUAACAUGUUUGGAAAUUAUUGCUCAAUUUUCAGGCCCAAACUGCUGCUUUAAUUCUUCAAAUGUCGAACUUUUCUUACAAAGCCAAUUGCAACCUACAUCAUUCAAGAACUUGGCGCACUGGGAACAAGGUGUCCGAAGAACUGUAUUUGCACACUAUGAUUACGGCAAUCCAGCCACAAAUAUGGAGCAUUACGGAGUACCAGAGCCUCCUGCUUUUGAUCUUCAAAAGAUUCCAAGGCAUCUUCCUCUCUACAUCAUAUAUGGUGGCAAAGAUUUACUUGCUGUUCCGCAGGAUGUUUUUCAUCUGCUUAAUGAAUUAAGAUCACACCGUAAUCUUCGCGAGCUUUACGUUGAUAAUUAUGCUCAUUUUGAUUUUAUCGAAGGGAUGAAUACUAAGGAGAUUGUUUACGACGAUGUUGUUAGCUUUAUAGAGGGAAUACCUUAA